CAUAAGGUCAACAGGUCAACGUACAUUUAAUCGUACCACGCUGCGGCGGCUGUGAUACGGAUAGGCCAUGGAUUUCCUAGAGGACUUGUCCUGGUGGGUGAAAUUCCGUCACCCAGCGGAUAUUUACAAACAGCACCCCAGCUAUCUAAAGUUGGAGUUUAUGACCUAUUUCUGUGCAUUACUCACUCUCAUCCAUGCAUUGAGGAAUGGUGGACGCUUCAAAUGGCUCUGGCUGGGUGUCAUCUUGCACGGACUCGUUGUGGAAGCAAUCAGCUACAACCUUCCGGAGAUUGACAAUUUUUGGCAUGCCCAGGGCACGAUCAUGUUCCUAGGGGGAAGACUUCCACUUUACAUCGUCGUCAUCUAUGCUGUGUUUUUGUACACUGCCUCCGUAGCUGUUGCACACUGGAGGCUGAAAUGGUGGGCGGAGCCUUUUGCUGUGGGCCUGACCGUAGUUGUCAUAGAUCUUCCGUAUGAUAUUUGUGCGGUCAAGCACCUCGCCUGGACAUGGCAUGACACUGACCCCAACAUUUAUGACCGCAUGUACUGGGCACCCUGGACAAGCUACUACUUCCAUGCCUCCUUUGCCUGUGGAUUCACUUUUGCAUUCCACGGCUUCCACAAAUUGUUUGGUGGAAAUGCUAACAGAUUCCAGAGUAAGGGAUUUUUUAAAGAGGUACCCAACACCAUGUUUGCAGCCAUGUUGGGUUUCCCCCUGGGAACUCUCCAGUUUCUGCCUAACUACCACAUCCUCCAUGACAACUAUAACAUCCACACCGAAGUUUGUGUCCUCAUCUUCUUCGCUGUGUAUGUGAUGAUUAUAUGGAAGGGAGACCGAGCAGCAUGUCUAGAGAGGUCGCUGAGUGCAGAGAAACUCAGAAAAACCAGCUGGUUCAAUGAGAUCACAAUCUUGGCCGUUGUCUACUUUGCAUUCUUCAUGCAUCUUGUGGUGACUGGCAAACCCGAGGAGCAGGUCUCCAUCGGCUUACAUGAGGUCAUAGGACCCUGUAAUGAGACUGUUGCGAUGACGGCUGCAUCUGGGCAGAUCCUGACAAAGAGAAAGUACCUAUGCCUGAAGGAUUAUGAUGAGGACUAUUUCGACUUUCACUGCAUCAAAGGCAAACCUCCUGUGGGGAAGGAGUGGUACACCACAUGUGGUACCCCGUACAGGAACCACAUGGAAUAUAUCGUAGUUGUCGGCUUCUGCUGUCUCUUCGGACUACAUUGGAUAUUCUCUCUGAUUGGAAGCGGCGGGCUACCGAGGGCAACCCCAAGUCCUGGCAAAGAACCUAAAGCUAAACAGAACUAGACAAGGAUCAUGAACAUUGUAGCCCAGAGAUGCAUUAGUGCUAUUUGAAUAAGUUAUUAAGUAAAAUGUUAAAAAUAUCUAACGGUA